AUGAGUAGUUUCACUGAUGUUGUACUUUUCUACUUUACAAUCCCAGUCUGCCCAGUCGGUUGGGUGUAUGGACACACGAAGUGUUUCCUGAUCGUGAACCCACCCACAAACGUUGAUUGGAAAACUACCCGUGACUACUGUAAUGGUCUGGAAGCAGUUACCACGGGCAACGGAGAAACGGUUGAGCCUUCUCUGCUUUUUAUAGAGAAUGUGGAAGAGUACGAUUUGCUGAAGCCUCAUGUGAGCGAACCCAGGUUCUGGAUAAAUUGCAAUUUUAUCAAGACAUGGAUGUGUUACACGGACAGAGCGGGAACCACAAGUGACUACCGAAAUUGGAGACCAAAUAGACCAGUUACCGGUAAUAAGUGUGUGGUGAUGUGGACGUCCAACGGUCAAAUGAACGACCGCUCUUGUUCAAAUGCGGAUCCAACUACCACGGUUUGUCAGGCCAAACUAUAAGGGAAAUAUCAGUACACCGACAUUCGAUAACAAAUCAGGAAUCUACGGUAAAAAGCAUUUCUGCAAAUCUUCAACCCCCUCCAUCUAUUAGCGAAAAGAAAAGGAAAUUUAAAGCUUAUCUGCCAUAGUUUACAAAAGGGAUUAGACCGCUCCACA